AUGGACAUGACCACGACGAAAAAUCACAGCACGGCCAGCGAACACAUAAAGCGGCCGAUGAACGCGUUCAUGGUGUGGUCCCGCGGUCAACGGCGCAAAAUGGCCCAGGACAAUCCGAAGAUGCACAAUUCGGAGAUAUCGAAAAAUCUUGGCGCCCAAUGGAAGCUGCUAACCGAGGGCGAAAAGCGACCGUUCAUCGACGAAGCGAAGCGGUUAAGAGCACUGCACAUGAAAGAACAUCCCGAUUAUAAGUACCGGCCGCGAAGGAAACCGAAACCGCUGGUCAAAUCUCCAACACCGAACGGUGCGAACCAUUCGAACGGGAACGGUUCGUCGUCGGCGAAGGAAGUGGCACCCCAGUCCCAGUCACCGGUCGGUCGGACCUCCUUCAGCCCAACGCAACUGACCACACCGGUCGGUUUGCCGCCCGGUAUCUUCCCGUCCUACCACUUCGCCUACGAUCUGCACCAGAAAGCGUUCUGGAAUCUGUACGGUCCCCAUCUGCUGUCCUCCGUCGUACCGUCCGCGUAUGCCGUGCCUCCCCAUGCCGCCCUGCCACUGUCCUACAUUAAGGCACCGAAGACGUCACCGCCAUCGCCGAUGGCACCACCCUCGCCGAUCCAGUCGACCAACAUCAUCUGACCUACGCCACUGCGCUACAGCGCCGAGCCUAAUGUCUAGUUAAUUGACAGCGGUACUCCUUCUCACCUAGAAUACAGAUCGUUCCAACCUGGGGAACGCAUUAUACGCAUAUCAAAGCCUGGUGUAAUAUAGUGUUUCGUGCCCACAAAAAAACAAAAAACAAAACAAACAACCUUCCCUCUCAAAAGUCCUUCAUGACAAGAGAUAACGUUGUGCGAGGUGUGUGCCACUGUGAGUCUGCACGCCAUUAUGCAAAAUGGGGGCGCACGCACAGUAUGAAGCUCAAGAAACGAAAGGUUAUUUAUUAAUAUAGAUAUAAAUCGGCACGUACAUCCUUACCCAUUUGUUCGUUUUUCACCUUUCCAAGCGCACAAUCAAUCGUUGUCUAUCUUUAACACAAGACUUU